AUAAGUUGUUCUAAAAAAUAAAAUUUUGUUAAGUAGAUUUAAAGUGUCAUUAAUACUAGCAAUGAGUUAAAAUCCAAAUAUAAGUAAUACAAAGAUUAUUGAAAACUAAUUAUUUUAUAAUCGAAAUUGGUUACAUUAAAAUUUUUUUAAUUAAAUGAAUAUAAACAAAUAAUGUACUUUAGUUUAAUUAAAUAGGCAAUCAGGCAACUUAAUUAUGUAGUCGCUAAUAUUAAGAGUUCAGUUAAAAUUUGGUAUUAAAUUUCUGAUAAAAAAAGUGUAUAUUUAAGAAUUAUUUUAUUAAAUUUUCUAAAAUAAUUUUUGCAUUAUUUAGUAAUUGAGCCGUUCGCUGCAAUAAUGACCUAAGGUCACUUAGGUCGUUUUUCGGGCGACACUGGAAACGGGUAGAUAAACUAUUCAUAAGUACCCCUACCAAAUUUUAUAAAAAAAUAUCAAUUAUUGAGGCCGUGGUGAACAAAUGAAUAUAGGCGCGUAAAUGAAAGCGCUGCGCCAAUUCACAGUUGCAUUCCCGUGUAACAGCUGAUUAGCAUAGUGCGUUAGUAUACAGAGGCUUUUAUAAAUAACUAUUGUUUAAUAUUAUCCACUUGAAGAAUAACAGCUAUGGAUGUAUCAACAUCAACAACUUCAACUUCCAUGGCUAGUGACAAUCCGGGGUUAAAAAGAGGAAAAUGGGCUUGUAACAAAAGAAAAGAUAAACGUAACAGCGGCAAAGCGUAUAAAAAUAUAGCUGGAAAUGAUGUAUCUCGCAAACAGUUUAGAAAGAUAGAACAUUGUUGUCGGGCCCAAUGUUUUUCAAAUUUUAAUAGAGAUUCCCAAAAAGAGUUUUUUAGAAAUUUUUAUGUUUCACAAGAUAAAGAAAAACAGGAUACUUAUUUAAUGAGUUGUGCACAUCGUGAAGGAGUUAAACGUCAUAAACUGGCUCCCGUAACAAAAAACCGAGAGUGUUCGUGGAAGUACAGUUUAAAAUUACAUGGAAAAGAUAUAAAUGUGUGUAAAGAGUUACUUAUUAGUUUAUAUCAAAUCAGCGAUGGCAGAAUGAAGACCGUAUUAAGGUUUUGUAAACAAGGCGUUUCCCAAGCUACAGAAAAUCGUGGCAAACUGCCGAAUCCUAAAAAAAUACCUGAUGAAGUUUGGGCCUUAGUUAAAGAUCAUUGGUUCCUUAUACCUCAUAAAAAAAGAAUUACAAAAAUAAUAGCAAUAUGACCUUUUAAAGAAGUUAUUACUUUUCUUGUAAAGCCUGAAAAUUCUUCAUUUAGUGUCAAUAGAAGAAGAUUAAAACCAUCACUUAAAAGAAUAUUGUUAUAAACAAAUAAAAGACAUUCUACUCGAUCAAUAGAAAGAUAUAUAUAUGAAGGAGUCAAAUCUCUAUUGCAAUUUAUUAAUAUUAGAAUCCCAUUUUCCGAUACGCAUAAAAGUUUCUUUGAUUCUAAAAAGGAUUAUUCUGGUUUAAUGAAUUUUUUUUAAAAUUAUUAUCCUAACAUGAAAUGUAACCUGUAUAUUACCUGAGCCAAUAAACUGUAUAUGAAUUAUUUUUUGUGGAAAAUUGAAAAAAUCCAAAAUUUUUUUAUCUUUAGUGUCUGAAGUAAAAAGAUAUACCUUGUAAUUAUUUAAGGCCAAGAAGAAAAUAUCUUUAAAACUUAAUUUAUUUGAUUUUAAAAAUGCUUGUAAAUUUUCUCUACUAAAAUAAUCUUUCCAAAUAAAUGAUCCAAAAUAAUUGAUUUCAUAUAAAUUCUAGACAAAAAAAAUUGACAUUAUAAUCAUAAUCAAAGGUAAAGUAUAUAAGAUACAAGGCAUAGUACAGCUUUGAUUAAUGGUAAAAUCUGUUUUAUAGUUGCAUUACAAAUUGUGGAUACAUUUUCAUUAUCAAUGUUUAUUUUUAAUAAUUGUAAUACUAUCCAGCCAUCAAAUUCCAUAAUUAAAGCAAUUCCAUCAGAAUAACUAGAUGAAGACAGAACUUUACAAUCACACGAUUGUGCAAAAAUAUUAACCCAUUUAAAAGAUAUUGGUGAUAGAUCUUGAGAAGCUUGAAAAUUUACAGAAUAAUCAAAUAAAUCUGGUGAAUCACUAUUAAAAAAAAAAAAAAUUGUACAAAAUAUGAACAAAUUAAAUUAAUUAUUAAAAGUAAACCUGUGAAUUUUUUUUAGACUAAAGACAGUUCCAUUUUGAUCUAUGCAAUAAGCCUUUGUUUUAUAAGUUACAACUGCAGCAAUAGAACAGCACAAUGAUAAUACCUAAAAUUUAUCAUUAGUAUAUGAUUGCAUGACAUUAGUGUAAUGAAAACUUUUGAUUGUGUUAUUAUAAUAUAAUAUUUAUUAUAAAUAA